AUGGAGCAUUCCCAUUCUGGACUCGGAAAGCUCACCCUUUGCACAGGUGGUAUCUGCAUUUGCUACUUGUACUAUGGCAUCUUACAGGAACGCCUCUUUACGGGUGAAGAACGCCUCGGAGCGACUUUUGUUUUGUUAACGCAAUGUAUCACCAACACGGUGGUGGCGUUCAUAUGGCAUGCGAUUCAGGAUAUCUUUUUGCAGCAAAACCAGCAAACACCAUCGAGUAACAUUGUUGGCAAUCGACCGUUGCCACAAAUUACGUUAUGGACGACUUCAUUGUGUUACGUCACGGCCAUGACGUGCAGCAAUGAGGCAAUUGCGUACGUAUCAUAUCCUGUCGCUGUCUUGGCCAAAUCAUGUAAGCUCAUUCCGACUAUGCUAGUUGGACAAUUCGUCGAAAAGCGACUGUAUUCUACCAUGGAAUGGAUGGCUGCCUUGUGUAUAUCGGCCGGUAUUGUCCUUUUUAAUGUCAAUCGUAUGCAGCAGCAAUUGCGGCACGACAUUCUGCACGACGGUAGCGCUGCGCAAUACGGUACGAUUUUACUGUUGAUCAGUUUGAGCAUGGACGGACUGUUGAGUUCAUGUCAGAACCUCUUGAAAAACUGUGGAGAUCGUUACCAACCGCCCAACGCGAUGGAAACUAUGCUCUAUGUUAACGGAUACGCUGCCGUCUUACUCAUACCCUUGAGUAUGUACAGUCAACAGUGGGAAGUAGGAAUUGACUCUCUGUUUCGGCAACACGGUCCCAUGGCUUCCAAUAUUGCUAUUCUCAAUGCGACUGCCGCAAUCGGUCAGAUAUUUGUCUUUUUAACUAUCACAUGGUUUUCGCCGAUCAUUACAACAACGAUUACUACAACCCGCAAAUUCUUUACCAUACUUUUAUCAGUGUGGACAUUUGGACACGCAUUCAAUGCUUCGCAAUGGACCGCAAUCGGUCUUGUCUUUGCGGGCCUUUUCCUGGUCAUUUAUGUACAGCGCCAAAAAAGUAGGGUAGAUACCGCCCCCGCAAAAUCUAAACAUUCUUAA